ACUGAUCGUAGCGGAUGGUCGAAGGUCGUGAUCGGGGGAAGUGGAGCUCUCUGCUUGCGGUGAGUAUAGACCGCCGCUCCGCAGCGGGGCUCAAGGGGGGGCAGAUAUUUGUGGCUAGUGCUUGUGGCUUUGCGUGACGUUUCCCAGAUAAACUCGAUUGCUCAAACGGCUUCUCACCGUAAUAAUCGCAUUACUAGACCAGAAUGCGAUACCAUCGUGCGGGAGGAGGAUGAGGCUCGUCUUACCAAGAGUCUCCGCAUGGUCCGCUCUGCGAGCCAGGCAGCCUCCGCGGCGCUGCUACGCAUUCCAAGCUGCAGGGGCCCCAGUCUUCGACGUCUUCAAUCGACGGACAAAAUGGCUACAGAGGGAGAGGGCCGCUGUCGACGUUGAAAGCAGCCGACAGGCUGACUAUCUCAAGGAUGAGGUGGCUCUCCGGCUUUGCGAGCGGCUUCUGGAUAUCAAGCGCCACUUUCCCAGAGUCUUGGACGUAGGCGCAAACUCGUGCAACAUCGCCAGGGCGCUGACUCGAGAGAACCCCGACCCAGACCCGGCGAUGCCAAUCUCGCCGUCGCUGUCCAGCCGCAUCUCCGAACUGGUAGCUGCCGAUUCGUCCCAAGCCCUGCUCUUUCGAGACGUCGACUUGCCGUUUAACCAGGACAUUGCCUUAACCCGCCAUGUCUUGGUUGAUCAAGAGAGUCUCCCUUUCGAGGCUGGUUCCUUCGACAUGGCCAUGAGCAAUCUCAGCCUGCACUGGGUCAACGACCUCCCAGGCGUUUUGAAGCAGAUAAACAACCUUCUCAAGCCCGACUGCCCCUUCAUUGGCGCCAUGCUCGGCGGAGACACCUUGUUCGAGCUGCGGACUUCACUGCAGCUUGCUGAGCAAGAGCGAAAGGGAGGGAUCUCUCCCCAUGUGUCGCCGCUGGCCGAUGUUCGGGACGUUGGAGGUCUUCUCCAGAGGGCAGGCUUCAAGAUGCUGACGGUCGACGUGGACGACAUCAUCGUCGAUUACCCAGACACCUUUGCGCUGAUGCGGGACCUGCAAGCCAUGGGCGAAAGCAAUGCUGUCCUGGGGCGCGAGAUGGGCGCCAUCGGCCGGGACGUCCUCCUCGCAAACGAGGCGAUAUACAAGGAGCUGCAUGGGAAUGAGGACGGCAGUAUUCCGGCCACCUUCAGAAUCAUCUAUAUGAUCGGCUGGCACGAAUCGGCCAACCAGGCUCAGCCAUUGACGCGAGGAAGUGGAGAGGUCAACUUGAAGGACAUCCUGGAGAGUAAAUAGGCGCUCUGCUCGCCGAGUUGGAUCAUCUUUGGCAAAUGCCUAUCGUGGAGGCGAUGAAUGAAAUGUACAUUAUUUCUCGACACCCGCCCGAUCGGGAGGUUCAGAUAGAUGAUAGACAUGUAUGAUGGAGGUUUACCAACGACAGAUGCUUAGAAUCGUCGGCUUGUAUUGCUCGUAUAGGUCAUU